AUGUUUUUCUUUCUUUCUUUCUUUCUUUCUUCCUUUUUUAGGUUUUGCCUUACUUUUCUCUAUUUUCCUUUGUCUUUCAUUCUUUCUUUCUUUCUUUCUUUCUUUUCACAUAUUUCUCUCUUUUGUGUUUUGACAUUCUUUCUCUGCUUUUCUCUUUUUUUCCUUCUUUCUUUCCUUUCUCUUCUUUCUUCCUAUUUUAAGUUUUUCUUUUUCUGCUUUUCUUACUUUCAUUCUUUAUCCAUUUUUACCUUUAUUCUUUAUUUCUUUCUACUUAUUAUUUUUGCUUCUUUUUAUAUUGGUUGUUUUUCUUUUUCUGCUUUUCUCUUUCUUUCUUUCUUUUUUCUUUCUUUCUUUCUUUCUUUCUUUCUUCCCACUUAUGUUCUUUCUUUCUUUCUUUCUUUCUUUCUUUCUUUCUUUCUUUCUUUCUUUCUUCCCGCUUAUGUUCUUUCUUUCUUUCUUUCUUUCUUUCUUUCUUUCUUUUAUGUUCUUUCUUUCUUUCUUUUUUUUCUUUUUUCUUUCUUUAUAUUUUUUCUUUUUUUAAUACUUUUCUUUCUUUUUGUUAAGUUUUUCUUUAUAUUUUUUUUUUCUUUUCAUUCUUUUUCAUUACUUUUCUCUUUCAUUAUUUCUUUCUUUUACUGCUUUUAUCUUUUUCUUUCUUUUCUUUCUUUCUUUUUCUUUCUUUUGUUUUUUUCUUUCUUUCUUUCUUUCUUUCUUUUAAUACGUCUUUCUUCCUUUUGUAGGUUUUGUCUUUAUAUUUCUGCUUUUCUUUUUCUUUCAUUAUUUCUUUCAUUCUUUUUACUGCUUUUUUCUUUCUUUCUUUCUUUCUUUCUUUCUUUCUUUCUUACCACUUAUGUUCUUUCUUUCUUUCUUUCUAUCUUCCCACUUAUGUUCUUUCUUUCUUUCUUUCUUUCUAUCUUCCCACUUAUGUUCUUUCUUUCUUUCUUUCUUUCUUUUAAUACGUCUUUCUUCCUUUUUUAUAUCACAAAUAAUAUUCAUAUAUUAUUGAAAAUCUUAAUUCCUUUCCAAUUACAUCACUCUUCCUCCUACUCUCUCGCUCUCUACAUUCUCUCUUCUGCUUCUCUCCCUUCCUCCUCCCCUCUUCUCUCUUCCUCUUUCCUCCUCUCUCUUCUUCCUCUCUCUCCCUUCCUCUUCUCUCUCUUCUUUCAUUCUACUCUCUCUCAGUUCUCUCCUCUUGCACCAACACACUCACACAUCUAUCUAUCUAUCUAUCUAUCUAUCUAUCUAUCUAUCUAUCUAUCUAUCUAUUUCAAACUGUUCAUAGAUAUCACAUCACACGAUAUCUAUCUAUCUAUCUAUCUAUCUAUCUAUCUAUCUAUCUAUUUCAAACUGUUCAUAUAUAAUAUAUCACAUCACACGAUAUCUAUCUAUCAUAUCUAUCUACUUCUGUUCAUCUAUCUAUCUAUCUAUCUAUCUAUCUAUCUAUCUAUCUAUCUAUCCCAGUUUCUUCAAUAUCUAUCUAUCUAUCUAUCUAUCUAUCUAUCUAUUUAUCUAUCUAUCUAUCUAUCUAUCUCAGUCUGUUCAUUUAUCUAUCUAUCUAUCUAUCUAUCUAUCUAUCUAUCUAUCUUUCUAUCUAUCUCAGUCUGUUCAUCUAUCUAUCUAUCUAUCUAUCUAUCUAUCUCAGUCUGUUCAUCUAUCUAUCUAUCUAUCUAUCUCAUUCUGUUCAUCUAUCUAUCUAUCUAUCUAUCUAUCUAUCUAUCUAUCUAUCUAUCUAUCUAUCUAUCUAUCUAUCUCAGUCUGUUCAUCUAUCUAUCUAUCUAUCUAUCUAUCUAUCUAUCUAUCUAUUUCAAUCUGUUCAUAUGUCAUAUCGUAUCAUAUCAUGUCAUGUCAUGUUAUCUAUCUUAG